AUGACUGCCAGGAUCCAGGGAACAAGGAGCCAGGACAAACCUGAGCCAAGGAGCCGAGCUGCAGAGAUGAAGGCGAGGGUCAGGAGGGCUCUGCUGCUGGUGGGGGGCAUGCUCAGCCUGUCCCUGCUGGUGGUGGUGCUGGGGGUCUACACCACCACCCGAACAGAGAGCCUGAACGUGACCGGCUACAUCUCUGGGGUCAUUCUGACCCUCGGAUCCUUCUUGGGACUUCUGGGGCUCUGCCUCGAAGAGAACCGCAAGCAGCUGCUGACGGCUGCGAUCGUAUUCCUCAGCUUUGGGAUCAUCGCUGCUUUUCUGUGCCUGGUGAUUGACGGCGUCUGUACUGUCUUAAACCUGGACAUGCGUCCACUGAGAGCAGGGAGAUGUCAGUACUACAGCAGCGGCAGCAGCUACAUCUAUGAGAAUUUCUACACCCCAGUUUCAUGUUGGAAUCUGAAGGAGUCUUGUACCAUGACAGUAAGAAGUGGGACCUGCUACUGCUGCGACCUCUACGACUGCGCUAAUGGAGGUUACCUCAGCAACUACUACGAGUUUGUUGGAGUCGAUAGCUGCGAGGAAGUUUUCACUCUCUACAUUUUGAUUUGGAUCCUCACCGGUCUGAACCUCGUGGCGCUCUUCACAGGGAUCCUGAUCACAGCGGUGCUAGGCAGCAUCAAGGAUCUGAGGAGUAGCAGCACUCUGACCGAGUCCCCUGAAGGCACCACGACAUCCCCAACAGCUCCUCGACUGAUGAACACCAACACACACACAGUUCCGCAGCUCUACCCAGAAGUCUCGAUGUAUUUCCCUCCUGCAGAAAAAGCAGCUGCGUCACAGAGUUUUCCUUCAUCAUCCACGUCUCCCUUGGAGUCGAGUCCUCCUCCCUUCGCCCCUCUGACCAACCUGCUGCCCUUCAGAGCCCAAGGCUUCUCCGCCUGA